AUGGCAGUAACCGUGGCAGUGAAAGAUCUUAACACUUUUCUCAGUCAAAAACAAAACGUUGCUGACAAGGAGUUGGCCGCAGAAUGGGCGCAGCUCGAGGAACUGUACAGCAAACGGCUUUGGCAUCAGUUAACGUUGAAACUGGAGACGUUUGUAAAACAUCCAGUGCUGCAACAGGAAGAUAAUCUCGUGCAACUCUACGUCAACUUCUUGUCGACCUUUGAAAAUAAAAUAAAUCCAUUGUCGUUGGUGGAGAUACUGGCCCAUGUAGUCCCACAAUUACAAGAUAAUCAAGAUGCGAUUAAAUUCUUGGAGAAAACAGAGACAAAGGUCCAAAGCAAUAAUGAAGCUGUGGCCCUUUGUAAGGUUCUCAAGGGUCAAAUUCUGUUGGAUAAACUCAACAAUCAGGAACAAGCGAAGAAGAUUAUAGAGGAAGUUGAAGCUAUGUUAGAUAACGCUGAUGGCAUUACGACGGUUCAUGGACGCUUUUACCUUCUUGCCAGUCGAUUAUACAGAUUGCAGGGCAAACACGCAGAAUAUUAUCGUACAGCAUUAAGGUAUCUGGGUUGCAUCGAAUUAAGCAGCUUAAACAGACAAGAGCAAGAACAACAUGCUUUCUUUCUCGGACUUGCGGCGCUUCUGGGCGAAGGCGUCUAUAAUCUCGGAGAAUUAUUAGCGCAUCCAGUCUUGGAAUCGUUAAAAGGCACACCAAACAACUGGCUCGUCGAUUUAUUGCAAGCUUUUAAUGCCGGUGAUAUCGUUGCGUUGGAGAGAUUGAAGCCACAAUGGAGUAAAGUAGCUGAUUUAGCGGCGCAGGAAUUAAAAUUGAGACAAAAAAUCUCAUUGUUGUGUCUCAUGGAAAUGACUUUCAAGCGACAAGCUAACAACCGACAACUGACAUUCACGGAGAUCUCUCAAGAGACACGUCUACCUCUUGGCGAAGUGGAAUUGCUAGUAAUGAAAGCUCUUGCCCAGGGUCUCGUGCGAGGUGCCAUAGAUCAAGUGGCGGGCACUGUCAAUAUGACUUGGGUGCAACCACGUGUCCUAGAUCGCAGCCAAAUCGCCGGAAUGGUACAACGUCUUGAUGGGUGGUGCAAAGAUGUUAGCUCGAUGGAGAAACUCUUGGAAUCAAGGGCCUCUGAAAUCCUCACUCUCUGAGAAUACAGAUCACUUUCGGUUUACUAUGUCGUUUGUUGUGUCAGCUGAAUGUUGGUUCGCAUACUCACAAUUAUAAAAUCAGUUUCUUGACAAGUCGCUAAUAAAUACAAAUAAAUUAUUUGUUAC